AUGACUGCGAACCUCCUAGAUGACCUGAACUUCGCAACCGCCUGCCGGGUAGCUUUUGCUGGGUUCCUCCGCCUCGGAGAAUUCACAUACAAGACAGAAGACCUCAACACACGCUCUAUCUUCUCAGCCACAAAGCUUACGCGCUCCGACGUCAGAUUCUCGUCCUCGUUAGAUCAUGUGCAACUCACAUUCAAGCGGAGUAAGACGGACCGCCGCCACGAAGGAAUACAGAUUGUUCUCGCAAAAACAGGAGACGAAGCGUGCCCAGUAGACGCACUUCAGAAGCUACUACUGCUGGACCCCAAAGGACCCGAUGCCCCGUUAUUCUCCUUCCACCGGAAACCGUUCAGCCGCAACCAUUUCCUCUCUACCUUGUCUACUAAGCUGAGGGUACUUGGCAUACAGACGGACGGCUACUCGGGACAUGGCUUUCGGAAGGGUGCGGCUCAACAUGCGCACGAUAGUGGGAUCCUCGACGACCAGAUCCAGGUGCUAGGGAGAUGGACCUCGGAGGCAUUCAGGGUGUAUUUCACCACGAACGCGUCAGUUUUAUACAAGUUCAACCACCAGUUCCAGACAGGCUUGCCAGCUCCGCUAUCUCUACUGCUUCCUCCACCGUCCCCUCCACCAUCCUAG